GGGAUGGGGAUAAUGGAAACAAAGAGGAUGGGGACAGGGAGGAUGGGGGACAGGAUUGGGACGAGGAGGACGGUGACAGCACAGCUCACUCCGGCACGGGGACAGCCAGGAGGACCCAACCACACCGGGGCCAGCCAGGAGGGGCCGCCAAAACCCCACCACCAUCACCAUCACCACCACCACCCUAUAACCCCCCUCAUCCCCAUCCCAUCCUUCCGCUCCCUUCCUUUCUUUCUCCCUCCCUCCAUCCUUCCCUCCUACUGCGGCCUCCGGGAGGGGGAUGCGGGCCGUGGGGGUGCUGGGGUGGGGGCCCUGCUGGCCUGGCUGCCCUCCGCCCAAACCGACACCUUCUCAGCUCUGCGCAGCGUCCGUCAGGCGCGGGGCAAUGAGGGGCGGCUGCUGCGGAGGCUCCGUGCGUAUCUCCGGGAGGAGAGCGCCCGGCUCCGCCGCCUGAGCAGGUUCUAUGAGAAGGUCCGGGCACUGCACCAGGACCCUGGCGCCUCGGUGGACAACCCUUUGUUGGCCUUCAGUCUCAUCAAGCGCCUGAGCUCCGACUGGCCCAGCGUCGUCUACAGCAGUGAGGCCACUGAAAACAGCCGUGCUCUCCAUGUCGGAUUCCAGGAGUUGCAAAGGGAGCUGCCCGGAGCUGAGGACCUGGAUGGGGCGGCGCGGGCGCUGAUGCGGCUGCAGGACGUCUAUGCACUCAGCGUGAAGGGCAUGGCCAAUGGCCUCUUCCAGCCCACCAGCACCGACCGCCCACCCCUGUACAGCCCUGGUCGGCGUGUCUCACUGUCGGCUGAUGACUGCUUCCAUGUGGGCAAGGUGAGGGUGAUCCCAGCCCCAUGGAGUGUCUCAUAGAAUAGCUUAGGCUGGAAGGGUUCUUAUAGAUCACCCAGUUCCAACUCCAUCUUGUUUUGCUGCUAUGGAGCAACAGUGAGUUUUUCCCUUUGCUCAUGGAGGUGAAGCGGCCCUGCUGAAUCAGCCCUGAGGCAUCUCGUGGCUCUCAUCCAAACUGGGGAUUUGUGAUGGUUCAUGGCUCGGGGAGGGGAGAAGCCAAGCUGAUGGUGUCAAGGAGCCCUAUGGUCCUGUCCUGGAGCCCAAUCCAUCCCAGUGCUCUUCCAGAGCUUGGUGCUGAAGGGAGGGUUUCCCAAUCCCAGUAUGGGGUGAAAAGUGGGCCUGUGGGUCCCUGAGAGGGAAUUAGGAUGCUUUGAUAGAGACUGAGGAUUUUUUUCAGGGCAGAGUCCCCACUGCAGAGCCAGGACUGAGUCACAGAGCAUGGGAUGGCAUAGGACAGGGUGGGAUG